CCGACCGUUUGAAAGCGGCGACGGUUUCAAUUGGACGAAGAAGAGGGAGGAUCGCUGUCAUGGCGGCCAAGGUGGUGAUGGUGGCCGUCCCCACGGUGCUGGGAAUCGCCUCCAUCCGCGUGUACAGGGUGAAGGAAGCUCCCGCGGACGGGCUGAUCUCUCGAGACAGGCUGAACAUCUACGCCCCGCUGCCCGGCGCUGACCCGCCUAAGGCCGUUGUGGAAAGUCCAGGACUUAUCGAGAGAGGGCUGGCGACGGCCAGAGAGAGCGUUUCGCCCGCGGUCCGAGCCGUAGAGGGCGCCUGUGUCUCUGUAAAACGGAGUAGUGUUAAUCUUUACCAUGCAGGAGAGGAUGUUUAUUACUACUUGAUAGACCCUCCUCCAGGUUUCCUGCCCAGAUUUGGAACCGUCACCAUGGCUGGCCUGCUGGGCAUGUUCUUGGCCAGAAAAGGCUCCAGUUUCAAGAGGUUAGCGGUUCCGUUGGGUCUGAUGAGCGCCGGGGUGUCGGUGUGCUACCCGGCCCAAACCGUGUCUGUCCUCAAGGUGACGGGACAGAAGGUGUACGCCGCGGGGCAGUGGAGCAGCGCCGCCGCGUCGUCUCUGCUCGCCGCCAGGGAGCCGGUCGCCAAAGAGCCGGUCACCAAAGAGGCCGCCGCAUCGCAACCGCAGGCUCUUUCAGAGGCCGAAUCAGAGUCGACUCUGCGUGAGGAGGAGGCCUCAGCCGACCUUUCCACACCCGACCUCUUGGCUACAAGCGCUGUCGUUUUGGAGACAGAGGUGGAAUUGGCCGAGUCCGUUCCCGUUUCUGACGAGCCGGUCGUCACCAAAGAGCCGCCGGUCGUCACUGAAGAGCCGGCGGUGGCGCUCACAGAAAUAUCUCCAGCAGAGACAGGUCGGUCAGCACAUUUGGAGUCAGAGCAAACAGAACCGUCUCGACCCGCCGGAGACGCGGCCGCGGAAGGAAACCGAGCCUCAGACGACGUUUCCCUCGAGGCGACGCCAGCGGUGGCCGUCCAGGACGAAGCAAACCUGCCAUCGGCAUCCGCUGUGGAAUCAGCAGCUGAGUUUGAAUCGGCGGAGGAGCAGCAGCCGCUUCCUGCUGCGGAGGAGACGCCAACCUCAACCCCCGUCAUGCCGCCGCCUCAGCAGCCUGCAGAGGGAAGCAGAGCAGAGGGCUCUGGUUUCCAGUCGGACCCCGCUCUCAUGGACUUCGGCCAGUCCAGCCCCGAAGACGAAGACCUGUACAGCACACGCAGCUGAGACGACGGGCCGGCCGCGGAGCGCCUCCACAGAUUCACCAUCAGACGUUUUCAUUCUCAUAGUUUUCUUUUUUUUUUUUUUGUUGUUUUCUCUGCACACGUUUUCACAAAACACAUCAGAAUAAGUCGGCCGCCGGCGCUGCACUGUGAUGAACUUCGGUACACAAACGCAGAGAAACCUGGAAAAAAAAAACAAAAAAAAAAAAAAAACGAAAACACCCACAAUUACAUUGAAAAUGGCAGAAUGUGGAACAGUUUCUGUUUAAACGCGCAGGAGUUUUCCAACCAUCAAUUAUGCGAAGUGCCGCUUAUUUAUUGUGAUCCAGGCCAUUUUUGUCAAUUUAAAUCUUCCUCUCAGACAUACAAGGACUUGUGCUGCUCCGCACUGUCAGAUGGAUGGUUAAGGAACUCAGAAUAAAUGUUUAUUUUUUUUUGUGAA